GCGCGGACGGCCAGGCGGACGAGCCAGCAGACAGCGCCGGGCAUCGGGUGGGGUUGGCGGCUGCUUUCGCUGCCUUUCCCGAGUGGGUGGCAUCCAGCGCCUGGCACGGCCGGUCCUGCCCGGCGCGGCCCCCGUGGGAGCAGUGGCCCCGGGCAGCGCCGGCCUCGCCGCGGGUGGAUGCGGGCCCGGUGGCCGUCGGGCGGCCGAAGCUGAGCGGCCGGCGCGGAAGAUGGAGUGCGCGCUGGACGCCCAGAGCCUGAUCAGCCUCUCGCUGCGCAAGAUCCACAUGUCGCGCACGCAGCGCGGCGGGCUGAAGCUGCACAAGAACCUGCUGGUCUCCUACGUGCUCCGCAACGCCCGGCAGCUCUACCUGAGCGAGCGCUACGCCGAGCUCUACCGCCGCCAGAGCAGCGCCCUGCCCGGCCAGCCGCCGCACCCGCUGUACCUCGACGGAGCCGCCGCCGCCGGCGCCCUGCCCUUGCCGCCCGCGCCCACCCUCGGCGCUCCCCCGACGCUGGGCGAGCUGGCCGCCGCCGCCGACUUCCAGACGCUGCCCGCCAACGCCGGACCCGACGGCCUCCAGCUGCGGAGCUGCGCCCUGGCCAGGCCGGACUCGCCGUCCAUGUUGCUCCUGCCGCCGCCGCCGCCGCCGCCGCCCACCGACGACGCUGCUUUGGGGCUGCCCGGCGCGGCGGGCGUGUGCCGGGACUCGCCGCUGCCCUUCUACCCGCCGCGCGGCUACCCCAGCUCGGGCUCCGCAGGAGGAGGAGGCGGCGGCAGCGGAGGCGGCGGGGCUGACUUCGGGAUCCCGUGCGCGCCCUCGGGGAUGCCGCCGCCGUCGGGGCCCGCGGCGCACUGCUCGAGCCGCACCACCGUGCUGGAUCUGGACACGCACGUGGUGACCACGGUGGAGAACGGCUACCUGCACCAGGACUGCUGCUGCGCGCCCUGCCCGCCAGGCGGCCUCGUCCCCGCCGUCGUGGCCUCCUCUGCCAGCUGCUGCCCGCCGCCGCCACCGCCGCUGCCUCCGCCCAGCCCGGGCGCCAAGCGCAAGUACGAAACGGCGGGCGGCGCUGGGGACCCGCCGCUGUUGCCGCCUGCGCCGCCCGGUGCGCCUUCGCCCUUCGCCUCCUGUGCCAAGCGCGCCCGCUUGGAAGGCUUCCCCGCCGCUGGACAGGCGCCCUCGCCUUCCUCCUCCUCCUGCUCCCAUCCUUCCUCCUCCUCCUCCUCGCCGGACGCUUCCAACAUCUCCAGCCUGAUCUCCAUCUUCGGCUCCAGCUUCAGCGGCUUGGUGAGCCGGCCGGCGCCAGCGGCACCGCCGUCGGACUCGGAGCAGCUCUCCAGCGGACAGCUGUGCGGCAAACAGGCGCUGGCGAGUUUGGGGGCUUGGACGCGGGCCAUCGUGGCCUUUUGAGAGCGGCCGGGGUCGGCUUUUGCGGGGCUCUCCCCGCCGCUCGGCCCCUUUUCGGACGCUGUGGGGGACGGCUGUGAUUAUUGGGGGGUGGGCGGGAGACCCUGAAACAAAGACUGGACUUGCGGGGGUCUGGGCUGAACCUGGGAGGGGAGGGGGAAAGGCUUUUGGGGAGGGGGGACGUCGAACCGAGCGAAUGUUUUCUAAAAUUUGGACCACGGAGUUCCCCGGGGCCACCGGAGCUCAAUUUUUGCAGCGGAGGGACGGCCGAGGAGAGGCGAGGCGAUUCGGGCAGCGAGGAACGCGGAAGACGGGCGAAUAACUUUUCCUUUGUUUCUUGAUUUCCCGGCGCUUUUGAGUUGGAGGGGGCUCUGGCGCUGCCUUUUUUCUGGGCUCCAAGCCUUCUUUGGUUUCCUUUUUCUUUUAAAGAGGAGGGGGGGUCAUUUUUUAAAAAACCCGGGGGGGGG